UUGCAGGCAAUAAGAUCUGGCAACGGUGGGCCGGGGCGAGAUCAGCUGGGAGCGCAGGCGCCGGGCCCGCCAUAUUGUCCCUCCGGCUGCUACCACCAUCACAACUCCCGGACAACAUGCAGGGAACAUCCUUCUCCAGCCUCAAGAGGCAUCCAGCUCUGAUCCCACUCUACGUCUUCGUGGGUGCUGGUGUUGUUGGUGCAUUUGCCUACACACUCCGCCUCGCAAUAAGAAAUCCUGAUGUAUCGUGGAACCGUGUCUCCAACCCAGAGCCUCAGAAGGAGUAUGCAGAGAAGCAGUACAAAUUCUACUCUCCAGUCCGGGACUAUUCAACCUACAGGGCUCCCGUUCCCAAAUAUGAAGAGUAAAAUUAUAUACAGUAUUGAUUCCCAGUAACUAUAAAGUUAGCCAAUUAAAAUGGCUGAUAAUUAAGAUGUAAACCGUAAUGUUGGCCGUAAUUGGUAUUAAUAGGUUUUAAACGAGAUAAAUUUUUAACAUUAGUUACUGGAAAAUUUCCCAGCAUGUUAGCAAUGCUGCUGUGGCAUGAAGGACAAUAAUGUAGAUAAACUCUUACUGCAAUGUGAGCAGACAAUAAUUAGAUAUUAAGGUAUCUUCAGUAAGCUUUUAAGAAUACAGUAAUUAGAUUUUUAGUUUUCAGGAUGAAUCUUGUUACUGAAGUUCAUUACUUUGAAAGUUUCUGAUUUUAGUAUUUUAAUUUGUACAGCUGUUGUGUAUAAACAUUUUAAAAAAUAAAUUAUCCUUCUGA